AUGGCAGAUAUGUUGGUGGAUGGAGCAGCUUAUAACCAAAUGAUAUCAUUCAUGGAUGGCAACGCUGGUUAUAAUCACAUAAUGGUGGCAGAAGAAGACAUUCACAAAAAUGCUUUCAUGUGUCUAGGAUACAUAUGUGCCUUUGAAUAUGUUGUGAUGCUUUUUGGUUUGAGAAAUGCAAGGGCUACCUAUCAAAGAGCAAUGAACUUCGUAUUCCAUGACAUGAUAGGCCAUUCCCUAGAGAUGUACAUAGAUGACAUGGUGAUUAAGUCGCCAAAAAAGGGAAAUCAUGUAUCUAAUUUAAGAGAAGCUUUUCUAAGAAUGAGACAACACAAGUUGAAGAUGAAUCCCAAAAAAUGCGUGUUUGGGGUUCAAACUGGCAAUUUCUUAGGGUUCUUAAUCCAUCAAAGAGGUAUUGACAAGAACAAAGCAAAAUCUAUCAUAGAAGCUUUGCCACCUCGGAACAAGAAAGAAUUACAAAGUCUCUUAGGGAAGAUCAAAUUUCUCAGAAGAUUUAUAUCCAAUUCUGCCUGGAAAAUCCAACCUUUCUCCUCCUUGCUAAAGUUGAAACAAGAAUAA